UGAGCUGUAUAUAAGAGCCCGCUGAAGCUGUCUUCCCCGCAAAAGAUAGAGGCUGACCUCUCCAUAGCCUUUUACUCUCAUCAUGGUGAAGGAAGCAGACAUUCUCGAUUCUGGUAAGCGAGACAUUUAUUUUGCUAAAACUUCUCUUUGAAUAUUAACGAAACAAACGAGCGCAAGAGACUUAUAAUAAUUUUUAAAGUUGAGUCUCUUUUUUCAACAGUUUUCACUGGACCAGUCAGAAUUUGUAAAGUUUUUGAUUUUAUCGGCUGGUAGAUUGGAUACUUCUCUUUGAAUAUUAACGAAACAAACGAGCGCAAGAGACUUAUAAUAAUUUUAAAGUUGAGUCUCCUUUUUUUCUUCAACAGUUUUCACUGGGCCAGUCAGAAUUUGUAAAGUUUUGAUUUUAUCAGCUGGUAGAUUGGAAGGGAAGGAACACGCCGGCAUCAAACUCCUAAAGCGGUGUCAUUGUGAUGAUAGCAGGAAACGCAAACAUAGACUUCCUCAGGAAAGGCCUGUGGAAGAUGGGAUCAGUUCAUCUGAUAUAGAGGAGCCUAUGAAGAAAGAACCAGAUCUCGACAACGAUGAAACGCAGAACCUUCCCUCAUGUCAGUCUGAUGACCUCGUUGUGGACCUCUCUACGCUCGAUACUGCUCAAUCUGAUGACUCUGUUGAGGUCACUGCCGCAGCAGGUGCUGAACAAACUGGCGACCUUGAAGCGCACCCUGACAGUCAGUCGGAGAAGGAAGGGAAAACCCCCGACGUGAGAGUAAAGCCAGCAGAUGGAGUAAAGCCAGCAGAUGGAGUAAAGACAGCAGAUGGAGUAAAGACAGCAGAUGGGGUAAAGGCAGAUGAUGAUGUACCUGAAAAGGAAAUCAUUUUCGAGCGGGAGGUUAUCAAUCUUACAGAAAGUGAACAGGAGGAGCGCAGUCAUUCAGUCUAACCAGUAAAACUCGCACAGUUUCGCCCCUUUGCUCGCGCUAAAAAAACUUUGCACAGCUUUUGCCCUUUUGUAUGUGAAUUAAU